AUGUCCACCGAAUACAAGAAGGGCGACCACCCCUGGAAGGAGGAGCACUCUACCAUUAUUGCCGAGGGCAUCAUCAACCUUAUCAUGGCGCACCGCUCCGACCUCUACCGCCUCCCCGGCAUCGCUGGCAUCGUCGAUGGCCACGGCAACGACCGCACCAGUCGCAAGAUCAAGCAGAUGGCCACUCAAUGCGCCAAGACUCUCGGCGUCUCCGAAGACCUCGUCAAGUCGGCCAAGGCCAGCAGUACCGGUCAGCGCGGCCGCAAGCGUACCUCUGACGGCGAGGCCACGGCGUCCUCCCCCAAGACUACCCGCAACAAGAAGGUCAAGCAGGAGAAGGUCAAGCAGGAGCGCACGCCCGAGACGGAGAUGGAGUAG